CCGGAACAACGACAAACACAACCAUGGCCACAACAUCCGGAACAACGACAAACACAACCAUGACGACCACGUCAAUGAACACGACCACACCCACAAGCAUACCACCAACCAACACAAGCACCACACUUGUAACGACGACAGACCCAACAAUGACGACAACUCCCAACAUAAACACAACCAUGACCACAACAUCUGGAACAAACACGAGCACAACAAUGACUCCGUCAACGACCACACCCUUGGCUACCACUUCCACGUCACCCCAAAGCACAACAACUCCAACCACUGCUCCCACCAUCUUGACAAGUAGCCUCAUGGCUCUUACAGGCCCCGUGUCCUUGGCUCAUUUCAAGAUGACCUUAAACGUGGGCAACGGCGUCAGCGACGAGACGAUAGUUGAACUCGUCGAAUCGUUUUUCAGAGAACGCAUUCCGAACGGAAACACAUUCGGCCUCAGUGUGACCGACAUUCAGCGAAAUCCCUAGUAAAAGAAGAAUUUGGAGUUCAACCCACCCCACUAAGAAGCGGUGAGCAGCAACUCGGUUGUUAUGUGCUCGAACUUGGGGGGGGGGCAACCGUCUUGCUCAAGGACACAAGGGCAGAGAGCGGGAUGACUGUCAGAAUAAUUGUAUCUAUGUCAUCUUUGAGGACUUUCUAUCACAGAACUUUGUGUUUCAACGAGUUUCCGGCGAGCAGACAAACGCUGCCUUUGAUCUUACCAAUCAAAAGACUUGUAAAAAUCCACUGUAUAGGAUAGGAAGCGACAUUAAGGUGUCGGUUUCUUUGGUGUAUUGGUAAUCCACAGGAAGAUUUUGCCUUGACCCGGGGUCUACAAAGCCGAGAGGAAGCAGGACCUGACCCCCCUACCAGGCACCUUUCCUUUGAACUGUUUUGUGUGUUGGAUCACCACAUAUUAUUGUUUAUACUUCCACUCUGUCGUUCUACGCUCUUAUUUCCUGUUUAGUCAGUCAUCGUGGUUGCUCAUUGGUCCCACCUGCUAAUCACGGUUUCUGCACACCUGUCACUUUUUGAUUACUUCCCUAUUUAAGCCCGUCCCUUUUCAUUAUUCUUUCUGGGACUCUAAUUUGCCCACGGGCAACAGUGAGGACUCAUCCGUCGUACGUAUUUUCUCGCUAGCUCUUACGCUAAGCCACAGUUUUUGUUUACUCUUUUGUGUCUUCGUACCGAGUUUUAGUUUUCCUUGUGUUUAUCCUAGCUUUCGUGCUAGCGUCUUUUGUUUACCUUUUCUCUUUACACCAGUGUUUUUGUUCCGAGCCUUUUUAUUAUUUAAUAAAUCCAUUUAUAUCUUACCUUUGCUGUGUUCUGCUUCGACGAAGAGUCUUCACAUUGUGACCAAAGGCAGCGGCUGUUUAUGACCCCCACGCCUUUGGAAACAGCUGUUGCUAUGUAAUUAGGGAAAGUCCAAAUAAAAGAGGCGUACAAUCUUU